UACUCAGAGAUUCACUCAGAAGACUGGACACAAUUCCGAAGGUCACCCAGAAGGAGAGGACAAUGUCAUUUCUAACCGUGCCAUACAAACUGCCUGUGUCUUUGUCUGUUGGUUCCUGUGUGAUAAUCAAAGGGACACCGAUUGACUCUUCUAUCAAUGAACCACAGCUGCAGGUGGAUUUCUACACUGAGAUGAAUGAGGACUCAGAAAUUGCCUUCCAUUUGCGAGUGCACUUAGGCCGUCGUGUGGUCAUGAACAGUCGUGAGUUUGGGAUAUGGAUGUUGGAGGAGAAUUUACACUAUGUGCCCUUUGAGGAUGGCAAACCAUUUGACUUGCGCAUCUACGUGUGUCACAAUGAGUAUGAGGUAAAGGUAAAUGGUGAAUACAUUUACGCCUUUGUCCAUCGAAUCCCGCCAUCAUAUGUGAAGAUGAUUCAAGUGUGGAGAGAUGUCUCCCUGGACUCAGUGCUUGUCAACAAUGGACGGAGAUGAUCACACUCCUCAUUGUUGAGGAAACCCUCUUUCUACCUGACCAUGGGAUUCCUAGAGGCUGCUAACAGAAUAAUCCCUCCUCAACCCCUUCCCCUACACUUGGUCAUUAAAACAGCACCAAACC